AUGUCUCAGCAACCAAGCCCCACUCAACCCUUGGGCAUCUUCAGGCUGGGUAAUUUGCCCCAGGAGUUAGUCUCGUCCAUUGCAAAUGCGGUGGCUAUCCGGGACCGCUGUAGGCUUCAUCAAACCUGCAAGUCUAUGUACUCGCUCCUCGCGGAUGGCAUCAUGAAGGAGAGGCAAGUGACUGCCCGAGUCCUAGCUCCCAAGCAAGAAUACGAGAGGCGUUUGUGGAAAUGGAGUUCUCCUUAUACAAUUGCUGGAAUCGACAUGCCAGAUAUGUCUGCUUGGCGAUAUCGCGUCAGAUUUUUGAGAAAGCCAAACAAAAGCGAGAUCUUUGCUUGUGCCAUUGAGCGCGGGGAUUACGAGAACGUAAGGAAGUACUUGCGUUCGGGUGUUGACCCUAAUGUAUACAGCCCUACUGGUGGAUUCAUGCUGCAUGUGGCGGUUGCUGCCCGUCGAGCUGGGAUGGUAACUUUGCUUCUGGAGUAUGGUGCUGAUCCUUCCUACGUGCACUUCGACUAUGACUCCGAUCGCUUUUCCGCUUUCUCCCUUGGCCGUGAAUCCUAUUUUUUCUACACUCUCUCCCGUGGCGGUGAUUUGGCGCUGAUUCUCGCGUUUGCCAGCAGCGGUAAGGUCGAUGGCUUUGCCAAUUAUGUUACUCGUCAUGGUAGCUAUGCAACCAUAUUGGCUUGUAUAAACGCAGGCAUGGAUUUCAAUCUAACUUCUUCUAAGGAGGAGACCGUGGCACAUGCUCUGGCCGAUCGCAAUGAUCCAGUGUUGUUCCGGGAGAUGGCACCUCAUCUUACAAGCGAAACUAUGACGAGGGUCUCAGAAAUACACAUGACGCCCCUGCAUGUCGCAUUGAAGCGACCGACCCCGGAUGUCGCCAUGGAACUUAUUGAGGCUGGUGCCGAUACCAAUUUCCUCGACAAAUCAAUAGAUACGACUCUGUUCACUGCUCUCGAAAACGGCCAUUUUGAAGCUGCGCGCUUGAUGCUUGAGAGAAAGACCAACCCUCCCCUGGACAAAUAUAUAGGAGGGCGCGAGAUUCUGGCAGCAAUCUCAGCUUGCGACGUUGGCAUUAUCCGUACGCUCAUCCACCGUGGCGCGAGCAAAGAACAAGAUGGGAACGAGUACACUUCGCCGCUUAUCUGCGCAGUCAGGACGGGAAGCUUGGAGAUCGUGCAGUUAGUCUACGAGGAAGGACUGAAGCAGCCCUCCUUGAGAUAUAACCCCGGGAAACUGUUUUCACCUUCGGCAUAUGCCUCAGCUCUUGCCCUUGGAAAACCCGAUAUCACGGAUUACCUGGAGAGUUGCAUGGACCGCGACGGCAGCGACCCUAACAUACCAUGCAUACCGGGGAGUGGUACCCAUGCUAACAUGGCACGCAAGAUCAUGGAGGUUAUGUCAGAUCUUCAUCAUUUGGAUCAGUGUAUAUUUGGUGAUGAAGGCAUGUCCAAGACCCACCUCGUCAAUCAAAUCGCGUUACGUAUUCUUCCCUUGGCAGGGGCAGAUUUUGAUUCUGGUCGAAUCUGCGAUCUCGUCCGAAAAGCUCAAUAUAUAUGUCCCGACGAACAAGUAAGGUAUCCUUCGAUGUACGCUCUUGAGGGGGCCAUAAAAGAUCUUGAGUUGCCAGGGGAAGAAGAAGAAGCAGGGGAAGGAGAAUGUGCUGGUCCUGACAACGCAGGCUUAUUAUGGAAGGCCUUGCCACGUCUUUUGAGCGUUAUCAGGAAAGAGGUUGAUUCUAAAAGAAGAACCUUUUCCUGGAGACCUUGGAGGAGGUUUUUAUUUGUCAUAUAA